ACGCAUCGUUUUUGUUUAUUGUUCAUUUAAUUUUUUUCGGAUAGGUCACAAGCUUAUAUAUGAGGCUGCAGCUGGUUUAACUGGAAACACUUGUGGUCCGCCGACUGUUCGAGAUCAUUGCACACGACUGUCACAAGUCAUUAGUGUCGAGGAAACCAGAGAUCCUAAGAGAAACCAGUGAGGAGCCAGUGAGGAGCCAGUGCCAACAUGCUGCUGCCACCGCACCAGGAAGCCUGCAAUCCCGGCUUCUGCGAUUGCCCGUUCCCCAACUCCAUCGAGGUCACCAACCACAAGGGUCACAUACCCGACUUGGUGAAGUGCCGUUGCGGCGAGGAUGAGCUCGGCAACGUAAGUCCCUGGCGGUGGCACGCCACAGAGGAAUCGGAUGCCAUUGUGACCGACAGGGACAUCAUCUUCCACCCCACCUACAGCCAGGGCACGGCGAUUGUGAGGGGGGAACGGGCCCUUAAGCCAGGCAUGGUCCACUUCUGGGAGAUGCGCGUCAUCACGACUCUGGCCGGCACAGAUGUGAUGUUCGGCAUCGGCACGGAGAGCGUUAAUCUAGGGCAGUUUAAGUUCCACUUUGUCUCGGCUCUGGGCACCAAUGCCCAGUCCUGGGGCUUCUCGUAUUCCGGACGCAUCCAGCACUGCGGCGAGCAGCUUCCCUACGGCCAGAAGUUCUCGCAGGGCUGCCUGAUUGGAGUCUGUCUGGAUCGAACGCGGGGACACUUAGAGUUCUAUCUGAACCGCCGGUCGUUGGGAGUGGCCUACACCAACGUUCCCACAGAUCCGGAUGUCAACAUAUAUCCCAUGGUCUGCUCCACGGCGGCGAAAUCCGUUAUAAGGCUAAUUAAUUGCACGUCGCAACCGGUGACGCUGCAGCUGCGAUCCUUCCAAGCUUUGUCCAGGCAGCCCCUCAAGUUGGCCGAACUGCGACAGAUGCCGGGUCUGAAGGGCAUCCUGCAAUCGUACUGGUUCCUGGCGCCGCCAAUUCGUUACUCCCGGAACUCUCGGGAAAACGAAUUGGACUUGGGCGACGAGGCGGUGCUCUCCAGUUCCAAGUUAAGGUUGGGACGCAAACAAAAGUACCGAGAAACUGACGAUGCGGCCGUUGACGAGGACGACUUGUACGCCAAUGCACACAAGAUCACACUGCGGAGUAGUGAUAGCGGCGACGAGGAGCACACCGCCUCCGUCCACGAGAUGUGCGACGAGUAUUUCCACUACUUGCUGUAGCUAGCACCUAAAAACCAUAUCAAAAUAAUUAAUUAUGCAUUUAUUUGAAGGAGCCUAUUAAGUAGAAUUGUUAAAGAAGCGUUUAAUUUACGUUAUGUUUAGUCUCGUUAAUAUCAACAAAUACAGACAUUCUCGGAGAGAUGAAUAACUUCAAAAUAA